CAGGGAGGACAUGGGGACAGAUGUCCCCCCACUUUUAAAAAAAUAAUUUGACGAAAAAAAUCCCCGAAAAACAAAGGACUGGAGUUCGCCGCGUGAAACACAAAUUCAAACAUAAGGCCUUGCCUUUGAGAAAAGCGAAGAGAGAGAAUUCGAGGAGAGAAAGUUUAAAACCCUAACUCCCCGCUGCUCGCCAAACCGCCGCGAGCCGCCGGAGCCGUCCAGUCCGACGGAUUGCCUGAAUGAAAUACAAGGGAAGGAGAAGGAACUCAGCCACGAAGGAAGCGAUUAAAAGUUCAAAAGGAGACUAGGAGAGAAAGGAGUCGUCCAGCCAUGAACACGAGCAGUCCGUCGCCGGAAUUUCGCCACCAGCUACGUCGGCAGCCGCCCAGUCCAGUCACCAAUAGUGAUUUAUUGAAAGGCAGUGAGAAGAUUGAGAAGAGUGGGAAGAAACGGAAAAGAAGUCUUGAAAGCAGCACCUCAUCCAAGCCAGUAGAAAUGUCAACGACAAACCGUCAAUGGAGUAUCGGAGAACUUAAUUUGGGUAAGAGAGUACUAAAGGAGUACUCAACAAAUGGGUUUCAUUAUAACCAUGGAGGUGAUUAUUGGAACCUGCAAAUUUGGUUGGAAAUUCUGGCUCAGUACAAUUCUCUGGCACGGCAACAAUCCUUGCCGGUGCUGAAUGGCACAGAAUUUCUCGAUCUGGGCAAACGUCUCCAAAGUGAAUAUUGUUUGGCCAGAAAGAGGGCCAAAUCUUAUGGCCAUACAGAUAUGGAAGAUGUAUUCAGCCUUUGUCCUAAUUGCCAGAAGAGGAUCCCUGUCUUCCCAAAACAUCUUCCGAGCGGAUCAAAUUCCCUUUCCAAUACCACUUCCGAAGCUUUUGGCAAUGACUCAAAUAAUGGUGGCGGGCAGGAACUCAACAGUGCUGGUGGUCGAUCGAAAAUCGUUGAACAAAAGGUGAAGGAAAUGUGGUUGGCUGAUCACUUAUUAGAUCAGCAUGUUGCUGAGCUCUUUUCAGCUCCCGAAUUGUGUGAAGGUGUAUGGUAUGAGUUCCUGUUAGAUGAUACCAUACCAAUCACUCGAAAAUCCCAAUUGUUGAUUGUAAAGUUUUGUGGUGGUGCUAGUACCUCUAGGCAGUAGAUAAUGAUGCUUGCCAAGGAUGCUGCUACUGAUGCUUGGUUGGGAUGUUUCUGCUCAGAUGCUGCUGCUGAUGUUAUAUGUAUUUUAUGAGGAUUUUUUUUUUAAUGCGGAUUUGUUUGAUGCUGAUGUUAUAUGUAUUUUAUGAGGAUUUUUUUUAAUGCGGAUUUGUUUGAUGCUGAUGUUAUGGAUUUGAUUUAUGAGAAUAUGUUUAAUGCGGAUUUUGCCAA